UCUUGUUAAAAUGUGGUGGCGCUGACGUCGUUUUACAAUACGCGGAUCAAAUGGUGUAGGGAGUGGAUGGUCCUUGCUGGCAUGCGAAUUAAACAGUGAGAGGCAAUUUAGCUGUCCGAGGCACCAUGAAGUAUAUUUUCUUUUUCGUCGCAGUGAACCUAGUGGUCAGCUUCCUUGUGUACAUCACCAUAGUGUCCAACUUCUGGGCGAGCAUCACUACACUAAACGCUUUCAACUUUUUUGAACAGAAGUCAAUUGAUAGCGAAUUGUCGGUCAGGAAUUCGACAGUCAGUUAUGGCGAGCUGACUAACAACAUGACAGUUCAAGCCUUGAGCACCACCCUUCCGUCCACAGCCACAAUGUUGCCCACCUCUGGCGUCCACACAGAAGGUGAACCCCUGUACGUGGUCGCUUUAGAGGAAACGCUUGUAGGCCGACUCGGCAACCAAAUGUUUAUCUACGCCGCAAUGCUGGGCAUUGCCAUGACACAGAACAGGAUUCCGUUGAUCGUAGACGGCACCUUGUUGGAAAAGGCCUUUCAGUUAAACCAUAUAGGCAGGGUUAACACUACUGGCUGGAAAACGAUGGUCCAUCCAAAGUACGGUACAUUUGACCCAACUUUUAUGAACCUGCCUAAAAUCAAUGUCACUUUAUUCGGCUGCUUUCAGUCGUGGAAAUUUUUUGCUCACGUUGAAGACGAGAUUCGACGAGAGUUUACGUUUCAUCCAAACAUCCUCGAGAAGACAACCCGUUUCUACGACAGCUUACGUCAGAAUAACACGGACACAGUGUUUGUUGGUGUUCAUGUUAGGAGAUCCGACUUUUUAAGCGAGGGGAAUGUAAAGGCAGGGUAUGUUGUGCCGCAGAUGUCAUAUUUCAUAAAUGCGUUUAACUACAUGAGGAGAGUAGUGUCGAACAACACAAUAUUUCUGAUUGCCAGUGACGACAUGGAGUGGUGUAAGGGAAAUUUCAACGACUCAGACGUGAAACUGCUAGAGCCGGACUCAGCAGAAAAUCACAUGAGUAUUUUGUCUACGAGCGACCACGUGAUAAUCUCUGGAGGAACUUAUGGCUGGUGGGCAGCUUGGCUCGCUAAAGGUCUCAAGAUUUAUUUCAAAGGUUUUCCUAUUCCAGGCUCACCGCUAAUUAAAAACUUAAAGAAAGCUGAUUAUUACCCAAAAGAUUGGAUUGCUUUAGAUAAUUAAAUGUUAAUUAAAAUUGCAUGUAAAGAUAUAUCCGCUUUAAACACUGGAUGACGGCUGUUCUUUAUGCUAACUCUUCCCACAACGUCAUCCCACGUCACAUCACUCAUUACAUACUUUCCUGGCUAGUGCUAGGUAUGGCUAUGGCUAUGGCUAUGGCUAUGGCUAUGGCUAUGGCUAUGGCUAUGGCUAUGGCUAUGGCUAUGGCUAUGGCUAUGGCUAUGGCUAUGGCUAUAACUUAUGCAAGGGCUGAAGUUUAUUCUCAGGAAAUAUUCUUGAUGCAAAAUAAACUGAUUUUACAUUUGCCUGGUGUCCUUGCUUGAUAGAAUACCAAGGCAAAUUUCGAGAUCCUCUUCUUUUCUUCUUCUUCGUUCUUAAUUAUUAGUGUUGGAGGGGAUCGAGAUUUAUCUGCCAGUGGGUUUGAACUCGAGACUUUGUUAGAAUUUAUCAACCAUGAGCUUUUUUUUUGCCGACUCGACCACGCCUCCAACACAAUUAAGCGUUACGUGUCAACUGGUUAUGCGCCAUUGAGGCCAUUGACUCCGAUUUCAGCCUGCUUUUCUUUUUGGAUUUGCUUCCAUAGCCUUUGUCCAACCAAGAACAAACUACAAGGCAGCAGUUGUUUAAUUUUGGAGUUGUCUCUCCUAGAAGAGUGGCUGUCCCCAGCUAACGAGCCUCAUCUGCCCGAGGGUUCGAUCUCGAGACUUUUCGGUUUAGCAACC